UCCCACUGUAUACUCUUAUAGCCACACACAUGAUCUCAUUGAUACCGAAUCAUCGAAAAAAAAGCAAAGAAAAGAGUGAUGAUGAUACCACUUACACACAUUAUUAGUGUAUAAAUGAAUAGACAACCAAAACAAUUGUUGAAGAUUUUUUACUUUAAACAAUUUCCAAUGGUCCAUUAAAUAAUCCUUUGUUUUGUGAAUGAACAGUUUAAAAAAGAAUCACUAUUCCUGAGAACAAAUAAAUUUAUCGGGCCAUCAUUAUAAUGUAAUUUCAAUAUUCUUUAAAUAAAAAAAUAAAUUCAUCACUUAUGAUCAUCAUCUAAAAUAUAUCAAUGAUUCUUUUCAUCGAAUAAAAUCUGUAACUAAGACAUAUUAAUUCCAAAAUCCCAGUGAUCGAAUUUCAUUAUCAUCAUGUCACUUAUAGAAAGUUUUUGUGAUAAUUGUAAAGAAAUGAUUGUUCUUCUUUCCAAAUAUGAUGAAUGCCAAACAUCCGAAGAUCCGGAUGGUCAUAUAUUGGAAAGAGAUGAUCUAAAUUUGUUGAUUAAUUAUAUGAAUAAUUGGUCCACCAAACAUUGCACUUGUUGUUAUAAAGAUCAAAAAAAUUUUACACGCUUCAAUAAUCUGGUGCAAUCAGUGAUCAUAAAAUCUUUUAAUUUUCUCAAUACCAUUAUUACCAAGGAAUCAAAAUAUUCAUUAUUCUUCGAAGAUUGGAGUAAUGAAGAUAAAGAAAGAUUAUUGCUAUUAUUGUCAAAGGCAUUUCAAGUUUCUUUUCCUCUCUAUGUUACAUAUAAACAUUCUAAUUAUACAAAAAAUGAAGAAUUAUCGGCUAAAGAGAUAAAGAUCUUGUCAAACUAUUGUGAUCUCAGUGAUUAUGAAAUGCCUAUAUUUUUGAUGCGAAAAAUCGUCCACUUCAUCGAAACAUCCGGAUUCAAAUUGUUCAUCGAUUGUUUUAAAGAAUCUGAUCCAAGUUGUCUUACGAUCUCCUAUGCCAAUUCGUUGAUAUCAACAAUACAGAGCCUUAAGUAUUAUUUCAAUCUGUCUGCUAUCAAUCCUGAACUAGUCACAUUGCGAACACAUGUGAUAAAUUACCUGUGUAAAAUCCGAGAUAAUGAUUUAAGAAAUACCACUAACCGAGCAAUGUUUGAAUACAUUUGGUCAGUUGUAAAGGAAUAUAAUUUCAAUAAUUUUGGCCUCGAUGGAGAUGGAUUGAAGAUUGCUCACAAGUAUUUUACAUCAUCAACAUUAACAAUGCGACUAUCAGGUUUGGCUCAAAUCAACACCUGUAUCACUAUCUACAAUGAUCUCCCACAUAACUCAAUGAAUGUAAAUAUGGAAAAUAUAAGAGAUCUUCUUGGCCAAUGGUUGAUUGAAAACAGAAUUCUUGAAAAUAUUUAUGGACCAAAUUCACAUGUAGAAAUGAUUAAGCAAAGCCAUUUCAUUCUGAAUUUUAUCGCGCCAAGACUUACCGCUGAACAUGUAGAUCUCAUUUGGAGUGCAGCCCAACUUAAACAUUAUGAACGAUACGUGCUUGAUAUACUCUGCCAAUUGAUAAAAAACCUCAAAAUAGAUAUUGUAUAUCAUCUAUACAAUCAUUUAUGGAAGAUCAAACCAAAGGAUUAUUCUGAACAUACAUUGAACCUGGCUUCAAAUGUUAUCAAAUAUAUUUGGUUAUUCAAUGGAAUUCAGCCCGAUAUGCUUUCGAAUUGUUCAUAUAUGUCUAAUGAAAAAGUUGGGUUCGACGAAAGCAUUUUGAAUAAAAAUUCCAUAAUGUCUUCACUAUUUAAAGAACGAACAAUCAAGACAAACAGUUCGUCUGCAAGCUCGAUAGAAGUCAGUGAUGAAGAUGAAGAGGAUGAAUUUGAUGUAACUUUGAGUAGUCCACAAAUGCAUGAAUUGGAUAAAGCAACAGCUCCUAAAUUGAAUAUUGGCGAUGAUGGUGACAAUCAAUCUUCGGAUAGCGAAUUUGAUAUGGAGAUCACUGAGAAUGUUUCUGAUUCACAAAAAGACAAUGAUUUUAAAAUUAACGGUGAUGAAUUGAGUAGUUUGAGUUGUCACAUACAAAUAAAGGAAUAUAUGAAUAACGAUGAUCCCGCUGUUGAUCCAUCUAUCCAAUGGCAGAACAAAAGAAUGAAUCCUGGUGAUGAUGAUGGUUUUGAUAACAAUAAAAUGGAAAUUGAUCUUGGUUUGUUAAGUGAAGAUUCUGUUCGAAAUAAACAUCAAGACUUUGUAGAUCAACCACCUAAAACUAAAUGGAGAGAUGAUUUUCGAUUCCGAAUAUCUGAUGUGCACAAACCUGGAAAUACGUUAUUAUAUGAUAUUCUUCAAGAUGACAUGUUGAAUUCUCUUAAUGAAGAUUUGGCUAAUGCUGCAGAAAAAAUAUUCUGGAACACAAUCUGUUGUGCUAGUAAUCGGGAACUACGAUUUAAAUUCAUAUCAGGUUGUCUGGAAAAUUUGGCAAGAAAUUAUUCAGUUAUCACAUCGUUGCGUUUGCUUCAAAAAUUAUUCUCUUCAUUUUAUCAAUAUCAGGAAGGUAAAUUAAUUCGGAAGAUAAUUCACAACUGUGAAAAAGAAAAGAAUAUGUUGAAAUUGUUUUUCAACAAUCUCAGUCUCUUCAUGACUCAUUAUAAGUAUUCGAUUGCAAACUGUGACCAAAAAGAUGAUCAAUACUAUCGACAAUGGUGUAUGCUGAAAUCGCAAUUUUACUCUCCCAAAGAGGAAAUUCAAAUAAGGCUGAAUUUUCUUAGUUUUGUUUUUAUUUAUGCUGGUUCGCACGAAAAUUUGAACUUUUCGCAAGAACAUGUAGACAUUCUUUGGGAUGUGUUCACCAAAUGCGAAUCUAACGAGAUUAUGGAUGAAUUUUUUGAUUGGCUUCUAAAUCAAAUAAAGCUUAAUAACGGCUUGAACAUUGAUAUCAUCAAGCAUAUAUUAUGUGAAAAGAUGCCAUUCCUAAAGCCGGAAUCAUUUUCAUUGAUUUCGCUAGAACUUCUUCAAAAUCUACAUGGUUUCAUUCUUUCUAAAAAUUGUGAAAAUCCUAAAACAUUUAAUAUUGUUGUGAAGCUGCUAUGGGAUAUUGCUUUCAAGAAUCCUAACCAGAAUGUUUCCAUGAAUGCUAGUCGUCAUCUAAAUAAUUAUUAUAUCAAUCUAUUGAGCUGUACAAAUCGUUUUGAUAAAGAAGAAGAAUUUAUUCGCUCUUGUAUUAGCUAUUUAAAAGAUGCAUCAAUUUUGCUUCCCAUUUCUUGUAACCGAAGUCUCUUGAUCAUUGAAAGAGCUGUUAUAUUGCUGAAAACUUAUUUGGAAGUAUUCCAUGCAAGAUAUUCCUUUUUUUUUCGUUCUCUCAAGCUUUCGUCUAGUUUCGAUCUAUCAUUGCAUCGCAUUCCUGACAAACCCGAACCUGUGAUUAAUAUAAUGGUUUGUUCACCGUUCAACGACAAGAAUACAUUUGAAUUUUCAAUGUUCGAUUAUAUUGGAGAUCUUCGAGCGGAAGUUCAACAUUGGUGGCGUUCUCUUCGAAAGGCAUUGGAACCCGGCCAAUCUACAGAUUUAGAUCAACUAAUUUGUCUAGUACUGAACGAUCACGAAAUUUCUUUUGACUGUGAUGAAAAACGUUUGCUUGAAUUGAAUUUCAAGGACAACCAAAUGAACAACAUCUCUUUCCAUAUUUGCAAGCACACCUUAACCAAAUCAUCAAACGUGUUAUCCUUGCCAUUUUCGAACGAAGAGUUCAAACAAAAAAAUCCUAAGAAUCUCUUAAUUGAACAAAGCAAUUUCGAACUCUUAUUUAUACUGAUGCAACAAUUAGACAUGAUUAAUGUGAAUAAUUUAAAAGCUCGAAUACUGUCUCGAAAUAUCUGGGAAAUUGUGCAGAUGUUACCAACACCUUACCAGAUCAUCAAAAAUUUUCAGCAAUUAGAGUCAAAAUUCUAUGCUGUUCAAAGCAAUGAUAAAGAAAAAUUUUCUAUUAAUCAAUUCAGUAAUGAUGAGAUCAGCUGUAGUGUUGAUUAUGAUGAUUUUUACAAAGAGAUUUUUCCGUCAAAUUCCAACCAGAAAUUAAUUUACGCUUGUCAAUUAGUAGAAAAUUACCGUAAAAUUAACAAACAUUGGCCACAGGUAUUUAUCGAGACUGGAGGAUUACGCUUUUUUUAUCGAACAUUUAUUGAUGUCGUAAGUUCGAUCAAAUUGAAACGAGAUUGGACUGAAUGGAAACAAGAUUGUCUCACAUCGUUAGUUCAAAUUUUAUAUCAAUUCACCAAAGUUACGGUGAAAAAUGAUGACGUAAUUCAUAGAUUAGAAUUUGACAAAACCUGCGAUCAAACCAAUUUGAGUUCAUGUUCUAAUAUUGAAAUGCGGAAAAAUAAACGAAUACGAAAAAACUCUCUUGAAAAAAAUUCUUUGCUGAAAUUCAGUCCAGAAAUAUUGGCCAUCAUAGAAGAUAAAGAAAAAUUGUUGGACGCUAUAAUGAUAAUUUUGAACCAUGUAUUCAUGAAUUCUAAGCUCAUUUAUCAAACUUCCAUUUGGUCACGUUCACAAGUCGUGCUCAUCACAUUAACAUUUUUCACAUCGUGGUGUUAUUCUGAUCCUGACGUUUUCUAUUUGUUUUUUGAAUCAAAAAAUGCCAAAGAAAUCAUCAAAAAGCUCCUUAUAGACGAUGUAGAUCAAAUGGUCAGAAAAGAAUCCAGUACCGUGUUCUCCCGCGUGUUCUUAAGCCUGAAUCCCGAAUUGUGCUGCAAAUUUCUUCCAAAGUUUCUCAAAGUUUUGUUGAGUUUUCUCGAAGAAGCAUCAUUGGUCAAUAUCCCACGAAUUUCAAAUCGAUUCUGUUCUGAUGACAAAGAAACUUUUUGUCCUGGCAAUAGAGAUUAUUUUAUAUUAGUCUGUCGUUUGAUUGAUCAUUUAUAUUCACAAAAGCCUAACUCUAAAGAUGAUAUCGAUUCUGAAAAUUUACCGAUUCAAGUGGCCAAUCUAAUAUUCAAUCGAGAAAACUUUGAAUUGAAUAAAAAUCAAUCUGAAGAUGAAGGUCUAAAAGGUCUAUUUUUAUUAUUGACGGUUAUUCUGAAGAACAAUUCACUUAUCAAAAACAGACAGGAAAGCAAAGAAUUGAUAAUUAGAAUAUUUGAUUGUCUUUUUGCUUUGCCAACGUUCAAUCAUCGAGAAUCACCUAAAUGUAAAAAUAUUCACACUCGUAAGACUGCUUUUGAUUUAUUAUUGGAAUUGAUCAAGGGCAAUGAAGAUAAUUAUGUCAUAUUGACCAAUCUACUUAUUGAUCAACAUCGCCAUGAAAUUCUUGGUAGAUCAUCACCUUAUCCUUGGGAAUAUUGGCCUCAAGAUGAAAGCCGUUCUGAUUUUGUUGGAUUAACCAACCUAGGUGCAACUUGUUAUAUGGCUUCUUGUAUGCAGCAUCUUUUCAUGCUUACUGAAGCACGAAAUGCUAUCUUGACUACUAAUUUGUCAACUGUCAUUAAGCAUGAAUCCAUUCUGCGAGAAUUGCAGAAAAUGUUCAUUUUCCUUCAAGAAUCUGAACGAAAAGCCUAUAACCCAAAAAACUUUUGUAAAGUAUAUACAAUGGAUCAUCAGCCGUUAAAUAUCUGUGAACAAAAAGAUAUGACCGAAUUCUUCACUGAUCUGAUUACCAAACUCGAAGAAAUGACUCUAGAUCUUAAAGACAUGGUCAAAAAACAUUUUAGUGGAUUACAAUCCAACAAUGUGGUUUCCCUAGAUUGUCCUCAUAUCAGCCAAACUAUGGAAGAAUUUUAUACGCUUCGAUGUCAAGUAGCUGACAUGCGGGAUCUUUAUGAAUCUUUGAACGAAUUGACUGUUAAGGAUACCCUUGAUGGCGAUAAUAUGUAUAAUUGUUCGGUUUGUGGAAAAAAAGUACGUGCUGAAAAACGAGCUUGCAUCAAAAAAUUGCCAAAAAUUUUGUGUUUUAACACGAUGCGUUAUACUUUCAAUAUGAUAACGAUGACCAAGGAAAAAGUCAACACUCAUUUUUCAUUUCCCUUCGUGUUGGACAUGGCCCCAUAUCUAGAAAAAAAUCUGUUGAAUCUACCAAAUGAAAAACUAUUCGACAAUGGUGAGCUAAACGAGGAAACUAGUACUAAAUAUGAUUUGAUUGGCGUAACUGUGCACACUGGAACAGCUGAGGGAGGUCAUUAUUAUUGUUUCAUCCAGGAUCGAGAUCCACAAAGUCCUACACGAAAUAAAUGGUUUUUAUUCAAUGAUGCAGAAGUUAAGCUAUUCGAUAAAGCUCAGAUCGCCACCGAAUGUUUUGGUGGCGAGAUGACUAGCAAAACAUAUGAUAAGACCAACGAUAAAUUUAUGGAUUUUAGUUUCGAAAAAACGAAUUCGGCUUAUAUGUUAUUUUAUGAGAAAUGUGAAGAUAUAAAUACUAUUAAUAAUGAUAAAAAUCAAAUUCCAGCAGCUAUAACAUUUGAAAAUCUAUCGAAAGAAUUGAUCGACUGGAUUUGGAGCGAUAACAUUUCGUUUGUACGCGACAAAUUAAUUUUUGAACAUGCAUAUUUUGAUUUCAUUUGGAGAGUAGUCACACAAACUCCACACACAUUUUCUGGUGUUAUUUCUAGUCAAUCAACAUUGAUUUCAAUACGUUUAGCAACAUUGUUUGUUUUAGAAACGUUAAUUCAUGCCAAAGAAAAACCGACAAUUCCCAGUUGGAUAGAAUUGUUGAUAAAACAAUUCAAUAAUUCAAAAAAGGCUUGCGAAUGGAUUGUGAAUCAUCUUGCUGAAAAUGAUUGGUGGUCGAUGAAAAUUUUAUUCAAAUGUUCCAAUCAAACCGUACGCCAAAUCUUUGUUCGCCUAUGCAUACAUGUCAUACAAAAACUGAAACCAAUACAUCCAUCGAUUUAUAUGCAUCCACUUGCAUCGUCAAUAACCGAAGAUGGUAUCCGUCCAUCAGUUGAGCUCAAUCUGCCAGUUACGGCUUUCAUCAGACGAUUGAUUUCAUUGGUCAAUUCAGAUCUAAUAAUUGCCAGGCCGAAUAUCAAAUAUCUCGCUGAAUAUUUUUCAUUUCUUUUGGAAUUUGCCAAACAAGGCGAUGAAGAAUACAAGUUAUUACUUUCGAUUGGAACAAUCUCCACUUUUGUCAACUUUUAUCUCAAUCACGGAAAAAUCGUCGGCGAUUUCUCUGAAUCGUUUAGUGAUAAUGAAGACGAAGAUUUUGAUGAAAGACCUCAAGCCUUUCGACCAAUAUUGGAUGAAAAAUUUCCCAGAUUAGCAUCUUUAGAUAAAAUGCUUUGCUUGGUUGUCUAUUUGGUAGAGAAGGCUCAAAGCCGAAAUUCUCAUUUGAUUCUUUCCAAACACGAUUUCGAUGCGCUAAUCAGCAACAAAAGUUUUCAGUUUCUGCAACAACUAAUUCGAGACAAUAUAAAUCUGAGGCAAACUUUUAAUUUGAUUUGCUCCAUUUGUAAUCUGGACGAUUCUUUAUUUUCACACAUCAUCAACAUGAUAUUCUCUUCAAUUAUUCAAUUUCCAGAAAGUAGCGCCAUGUUUUUCAAAAUUUUGUCAUUUGUUACCGAAUCUGCUUGGGUUUCAUCAUACUUUUCUAAACUGAUCCUGCCAAGAAUUUGGGAUUUAGCCGAACCUACAACAUUACAGACAUUGGAAUGGUUAAUUCAACAUGUACCCAAAAAUAAAAUUUUGCAUGAUCAUGUAUUAUCCACUAUGGAUCAUUGGGUCAUAUAUUUUUUGGUAGAAAAUUCCAUACCAAGAGUUCGAUCAAGUACUGCUCAAUUAUUGAUUUCGUUGGUACCUUCUUCGGACAAUUCAUUUCGACAAAACUAUCGACCGUUUCGUUCGUUUCCAUAUACAAUCAAUAAGGAAAUCGUUUUAAACAAAGAAAGUUCAACCAUUAUAGACCAAUUAUUCAGCUAUCUACUCGGACUAAUCAAAAAAGUCAAAAUCUAUUCGGAUUCUCAUUCGCCUAACACACAAAAAUUGUCUAAUUAUUUUUUCGUUCUUACCUAUCUUAUGGUCAACACAAAACAGAAACGUUUAUUUAUUGCUCAUUUUAAUGACUUUUGGAUGCUUUUUGAGACAAAGUUAUCCGAACCAGCCAUUCCUAUUCAUCAAAACAAACAGGCAUUCUUGAUGUUUUUGUAUGUUGCAUGUCAAGAAUGCAAAGAUUCCAUCAAAUGUAUUGUUCAGAAUCCACAUGUGUACAAGAAGAUUGCAUUCAAUUAUAUUCUAGCCGAUCAUGAAGAUCAGGAAGUAGUAAUGUUUAACAAAAAUAUGUUACCCUAUUAUUAUGGUUUAUUAAGGCUUUGUUGUGAACAUUCGCGUUCAUUUUCUCGUUAUCUUGCAUCCCAUCAGAAUAUCCAGUGGGCAUUCAAAAACAUUACUCCAUAUUCGAAUCAAUAUUCAUUAGCCAUCCAAGAACUUUUCAAAUUGAUCAAAUUAUUCACCACUGUUCACGAGGAUUCAACUGAACAUGAAACUAAAGAAGCGAUGAAUUUUAAAAACAUGACAUUGAAAUUGUAUCUACAUACCUUGGAUCCAAGUGUUCAUUGGGGAACUAUCAUUGCCGUAUUGAAAACUUUGAUCGAAACUAACGAUGAUUUAUUCUUUAUAAUACGAAACAACGGAUUAUGUAUUUUGUUCCAAUCAUUCUCAUCGUUGUAUGUUAUGUUUCAUCAAGCAACUGCUUGCCAUAUUACAACCGAAUUGAUUGAUUUAUUGAAAAUUAUAUCAUCAUUAUUGUCAGCUUUUGAAGAAAAUUAUGAUUCUCUACAAGAUUAUAAAUCAAACUUGAAGACAUUUUUAGAUGUAAAAAAAUUUUUAUUCCUAUUAAACUCCUAUACGCCUUCAAAUCUUCGGAAUGCUUUGUUUGAAGUUAUUUUUAAAUUAAUCAAAGUUUUUCCUUACGAUUAUCUUAUCGGUAUAGCCAAAUUUUUAUUAUUCCAACACAUUGUGUUCGCCGAACAGAAUUUCCCUUUUAUUAUUGGACCAUAUUUCCCAAAACGAGGACAAAAAGCUUUUCAAUCUAAAUCCAGCCAACGGCCAGCACGUCCAACAUUUCAAAUGUGCUUCAACGUUACCAACCUUGAUGCAAGCAAUGAACAUGAUCGUGAUUUUGAUUAUGAUCAGAUGGUUUUCGAAUUUUAUCGUCCUUAUUAUUCGUUCAUCGAUGAAAUUUGCCGGUUUGCUAUCAAAAAAGAAUUGGUUUUCGAAGAACUUGUCGAUCUCACUGUUAAAUUGGCAUUAGAAAGUCUUUAUUUUCGCAAUAAUAAUUUCAUCACGCUCUGGCUUGACGCAUAUGAAAACCCUGAAUACAAUUCCCGCAGCAUUGUAGACUUUCUUUCAGUGAAUAAUUCUUUCCAUGAUUAUAUGAAAAUUAUUCUGUUGAAAGAAAAAAGUUGGCUGAAAGAUGAUCUUGUUUUUCGUUUUUUAAAAACAUUUCUAGCUAAGGCAUCUCCUCGUGUAUACACUGUCAAUAUUGUAAAGCAAAAUAUACUGCCAUUGAUGGAUAACUUAUCACAAAAUCAAAACCCGAGACAUAUGGAAGUUGUCCAACAAUUAAUUUGGAAUUUAUUGGCAAUCAAGCUUUUUAUCGAAUCCAAUACAAUGGUCAAUCAGGAAAUAGCUGACAAUUUUAGUGGGAAUUUGAAUAGUCUGGAAAAAAUUUACUCUGCUCUUGAAAUUAAUGAUGAUUCUGAAUCGGAAAAGAAAAUAGCUGACCACUUAAAAAACAACCCGGAAACUAAAAAACCAAAAUUGAUGUCGAAUAUCGAAAUUGGUGAAAAUGAGUCACCAAAGUCGAUUUGUGAUGGCAGCCAAACUUCAUCGUAUUACGAUAAUAUGCCAACCAUUGGGUCAAUCAACACUGAUAUUGCUACCAUAAAAAACUACAUUGAUCGUAUAUUGACAUUGAUUCGUGAUAUUCGUGAAUUGUUGAAUAAUUGUUAUUCUUCAUAAUAUUCAUUUCAAACAUUUUGUAUUCAUGAAUAACACAUUUUAUAUUUCCUAAUCCUUUUCUAUGAUCAUCUCCCAAUAUUUUUUUUGUAAAGAACUUUUUACUUGUUUCAUCUCUUUCAUUAAUUCAUUCUAUUUGACGUUACUUCAUUACCAGGAAAUUUUAUUCUAUCCAUCUCUCUCUCUCCAUUUUUAU